CAAAUACAUAAGUUUGAAAAUUGCCAGACAAAUCCAAAGAAGCUAAUGUUGAUACGCCGCGCUGACUGCUACAAUCAACCUUCCCUGAAUUGGCAAAUUCCCAAAUCCCGCCACCCCUACCCUCCUCUCUCGUCCCACCACCGCCACCACCACCUCCACCUGUCUCUCAGAGGACUCCCGGGAUUUCACUUUCUUUCCCUGAUUAAUUUCCGGGUAUUAAUUGAACAGUUGUACUUCGUUUGCUACUGAUGCAAAUCCAAUGAGGCAGCUAUAAGCAUCAGAAAUGUUCAGAUGGAUUAUUUGCUGAUCAGCUGGCAGUUCCAUUGACUGCUGUUGGCAGAUUGAAUGCUGCCGCUUUGGCAACCCCUUUUUUUCUUUUCAUUCUAUAAGAUGGAAGUUGUUUGCCUCAACAGUGAGCCAGCCUUCAAUGAAGGUGAUGAAUAUGAGCAUGAAGGAGAUUGUGCCACGGGGGAAAAUGCGGAUGAACUGUGUGCAGCGCCGCACUUGAAAAGGGAUCCCCCACCACCCACAGUUGGUUUGGAGUUUGACUCUUUUGAUGAAGCUUAUGAUUUCUAUAAUGGCUAUGCCAAGGAUCAAGGAUUUGGCAUUCGAGUGAGCAAUUCGUGGUUUAGAUCCAAAAGGAAAGAGCGUUACAGAGCGAAACUCAGUUGCAGUAGUGCAGGUUUCAAGAAAAAAAGUGAAGCAAACAAUCCUAGACCAGAGACGAGAACUGGUUGUCCUGCAAUGAUAGUCAUUAAGCUUGUUGACUCUAAAAGUUGGAGAAUCGUUGAAGUUGAGCUUCAACACAAUCAUUUAGUGAGCCCUGAAAUCAAACGCUUUUAUAAGUCACACAAGAAAAUGAUUCUUGCCGCCCAGAAAUCACAGCAAGCUGAACCCGUUAAAGAAAUACAUACUAUUAAGUUAUACAGGGCUUCAGUUAUCAAUGCAGCGGCGCCCAAUGGGUACUCCAAAGUUAAGGAAAGAGAUGUUAGGCAUCCUACAGAUCACUCAAAGCAUUUGGAACUUAAAGAAGGGGAUGCACAUGCAGUCUACAACUACUUCUGCCGCAUGAAGUUGACAAAUCCAAAUUUCUUUUAUUUAAUGGAUCUUGAUGAUGAAGCACGGUUGAAAAAUAUUUUCUGGGCUGAUGCUAGGUCCAGAAGUGCUUAUAUUUACUUUUCUGAUGCAAUUGCAAUUGACACAACUUGCUUGACUAAUAAGUAUGAGUUGCCUUUGGUUUCUUUUGUGGGAGUAAACCACCAUGGGCAGUCUGUCUUAUUGGGAUGUGGUUUUCUUGGGCACGAGUCAGUUGAGUACUUCGUUUGGAUGUUCAGGUCAUGGCUGACAUGUAUGUUAGGCAGGCAUCCACGAGUUAUCCUCACUGAUCAGUCAAAAUCCUUGCAGAUGGCCAUCUCUGAGGUAUUUCCUGGGACUCGUCAUUGUUAUUGCCUGUCAUAUAUCAUGCAGCGUGUUCCUGAGAAAUUGGGUGGACUGAGGGGAUAUGAAGCUAUCAGGAAGCAAUUGAAUCAAGCGGUAUAUAAUUCUAUGAAGAUAGCUGAGUUUGAAACUGCCUGGGGUAGCAUGGUCGGUCAGCAUGGGCUUGGGGAGAAUAAAUGGCUACAAUCAUUACAUGAAGAUCGACAAAGAUGGGUGCCAGUGUACUUAAAAGACACUUCUUUUGUUGGAAUGAUCCCUGUUAAAGAAAAUGAGGUUUCAAAACCUUUUUUUGAUGGCUAUGUUCACAAACACACAUCGUUCAAGGAAUUUCUGGAUAAGUAUGACCUUGCACUGCAAAGAAAGCUGAUGAAAGAAGCUACAGGUGAUACAGAAUCCAGAAAUUGCAGCUUUGAGUUGAGAACAAAAUGUAAUUUUGAGUUGCAGCUCUCCAAGGUGUACACCAAGCAAAUUUUUGAAAAGUUCCAGAUUGAAGUUGAAGGGAUGUACUCUUGCUUCAACACAAGGCAAGUCAACAUCAAUGGGCCUAUAAUAACAUUUGCUGUUAAAGAACGAGUUGAAGUAGAAGAAAGUGAAAAGGAGGUUAGGCAGUACGAGGUUCUGUAUGAGACGACUAACAUGGAAAUAAGGUGUAUUUGCAGCUUGUUUAAUUUCAGAGGUUAUUUGUGCAGACAUGCAUUGAAUGUCUUCAACUAUAAUGGUGUGGAAGAAAUCCCAUCUCAGUACAUCCUACCACGCUGGAGCAAAGAUUACAAACGCAGGUUUCCUCUAGAUCCUUUGCCCAACGACGUUGAUGUGAAUGACUAUGUGCUUAGGUAUAAUCAUCUACUUAGCCGUGCUAUUCAAGUCAUUGAAGAAGGGGCGCAAUCUCGGGAAUGCUGGAAGGCUUCCUUACAAGGAUUGGAAGAGUUAUGUAGGAAAUUCGCUCUUGAAAAUGUUGAUGAGGUUUUUUUGUAACCAUUAACUUCAUUUUUUUGGGGGGGUUUUUGGUCUCAACUGUUCUUGCACAUAUGUAUAGGUGUACAUAUACUCCAUAUCCUUGUCAUCCUCAUUUGCAUUAUUCCAGUGCCUGUGUAGACAAGACUGAGCUCUCAAUUUAUCCAGAUUGGCCAAUACGAAGCUAGAAAUUGUCUAAUUACCAAUUUUCUG